UGUGGAGCGGUCGAAGGCUGAGUUCUUUUGGGGUUCGUUUUUUAGAAACAUUUGGCUCUGGGUGUCCCAGCGCAGUAGCCGAACCUCCUCUUGUGACUUCACUGUCGGCCCUCCGAGGCCAGAAGAAGGUAUUGAAUCCCCUGAGUCUGGUGUUCCUGAUGGAUAUGAGCUGUCCUAUUGCUGAUGGGUAACUCAGGGCAUCAGCUCACUAGGAAUCUACAGAUUAAGCCACGGGAAUUCAAUGAACACAAGACCAUAUGCUUUAGAUCCUACAACAUGACUUUUUCCUGUCUGACCAGAAUGAAAGCUUACAGGUCCCCUUGGCAAAACCUAUACAGUACUUCACAAACAACAGUUGACAGCAACGAGGUAAAAACCUUCCUGGCCCUGGCUCACAAGUGGUGGGAUGAACAAGGAAUAUUUGCACCUCUUCAUUCUAUGAAUGACCUGAGGGUGCCAUUCAUUAGAGACAAUCUUUUGAAAACAAGUGCUAGUCACCAACAAGGGAAACCUUUGUCUGGAAUGAAGAUUCUUGACGUUGGCUGUGGUGGAGGCUUAUUAACUGAACCUCUAGGGCGACUGGGGGCUUCAGUUACUGGAAUCGAUCCUGUGGCUGAAAACAUUAAGAUAGCGCAGCACCAUAAAUCCUUUGAUCCAGUCCUGGAUGAGAGGAUUGAGUACAAAGUGUGUUCCCUGGAGGAGAUCGUGAAUGACACUGCAGAAGUUUUUGAUGCUGUUGUGGCUUCUGAAGUUGUAGAACAUGUGAUCGACCUCGAACUGUUCAUACAGUGCUGCUAUCAAGUCUUAAAACCUGGUGGCUCUUUAUUCAUCACUACAAUCAACAAAACACAGCUGUCCUACGCCCUGGGCAUUGUUUUCUCAGAACAAAUCAUGGGCCUUGUUCCAAAAGGCACACACACAUGGGAGAAGUUUGUUUCACCUGAAAAGCUGGAGAGUAUUUUAGAACCAAAUGGUCUGUUGGUUCACACUGUGGCAGGGAUGAUCUAUAAUCCCUUCUCAGGCUACUGGCACUGGAGUGACAAUACCAGCCUUAACUAUGCAGCACAUGCUGUGAAAUCCAGUGCACAGGAACGCCCGGAGCCUGCUGCGGCUGCUUUACAGGGGGAUGCAGAAACACUCCAUGCUAAUGCCUCAAGUAGCCGUGUGAACAUGAAGAGUUGAAGAAAUGAGAUAGCUCUGAUAGUAAUAUGCUUAAAAGUUUAUUGUUUGCAGAUUCAGAAAGUUUAUUUUUUCAACGAGAUCCUAAAGAACAAAAGGUCAAUAAAAAUAUCUAAAUCAUUGGAGAAAAGUUUCUGUGUCACCUAAGAGAUACUUGGAGAAAUUUUCUCAGGUUUUGUCAAGUGUGCUAAAGGAGCUUAUAUUAUAGAAACAUGUGUGCUCACUUCAUUUCAUUCUACAUACUAGGCCUUUCUCACAUGUGUAUACAAAACAUAUGCUGUUAUUUAUUUUUACCUAAGGAAUCUCUGUUGUAUGUGGUAUUUCUGUAUUUUUAGUUAAAAGAUACAACUGACUAAAUAAAAGCUACUGUAAUUUA